UCUGGACAUAUACAUUCUGCACAUUGUACUUGUACUGCAGGGUAAGCUAUUCUGAGUUUUAAUUUAUUUUAAUUUUAAAUACAAUAUAUUAUUGUGCUGUCUUCAUUAAAUUUUAUUGUUGUCAUUACUAUUUCUACUGGUAAAACUAAGCUUAUUUGGGAGUUUUUUUAACAAAGAAAAAGUCUUGUCGCCUCCUUAAUUUUAUUUUCCUUAAUAUUCUAUAAUACAGUUAUGAUUAUGACUCUAUUCAGUUAACUUUUGUCAUUGUCCAUAAACACAGUUUCAUUGUUUAGGUUAUCACAUAAAUGUUUCAGUUUUAUGACAGUAAUAGUUUAAAAAAAAUUAUUUUCAGAGAAGGUGGAUCGUGUAAUCACAUGGCUGCCGCUCUCUACUAUGCUUCACACAUUUGUGAGAAGAAGAAGAAUGGUCUGACAGCAUGCACAUCCCAACCUUGCACAUGGAGUGUCCCAAAACGUAAAAGGCUAAUAAGCCCCAAAAAAGUGACAGAGAGACCACUUCGGCCACUUGAGCGAGUAAUACUUACAUCCCCAAUUGUAAAUUUUUCUCGCCUGUGUCACAAGCUCUCCUUGGUGGAACCUAAUUCAGGCUAUGUGUUAACAACAGCACAGUCCUCUGAGUUUUGUGAGAAAGUAUUUUUGUUGCCUGAUGUGGAAUACAAUUUUAAGGAUUCUACAGACCUAAAAACUAAAACUUGUACGGAUAUUUUUGAAAAGUAUAUGCUCAAUUUUCCUAGUUUCGACGUCACUCGGAUUGAAAGAGAAACUAGAGGACAGGCAAGCAAUCUCCUGUGGAGAGUUAUUCGCCAGGGUCGAUUAACAAGUUCAAGUUUUGGACAAAUAACUAUAAGAGGGAUAAAACUGCAGUGGAUAAUAUUUUAAAAGAAGUAUUGGGCUACCGCCGUGUGCCUGAUGUGUCCUCUGUAAAGUGGGGAAGAUCACAAGAAGCUGUUUCCAGAGUUGCUUAUGUUAAAAAUAUGCAAAAAGAGCACCCAGGUCUGCAAGUAGAGGAGUCUGGACUCUUUAUGGAUAAGAACAAUAGUUUUUUGGCUCCCAGUCCAGAUGGCAUUGUAAUUUGUUGUAAUCAUUGUUUUCCAUCUGUGGGCUUGGUGGAAAUCAAACAUCCCUUUACCCACAGAGAUUUAACAGUGAAAGAGUCAUGUGAAAACAAAGCCUUCUUCUGUGCCAUAGAAAAUAAUAGUAUCAGACUUAAACGUUCCCAUCACUAUUUCUGCCAAAUCCAAGGUCAGAUGGGCAUAACUGGCAAACUAGGUAGAUUUUUGUUGUUUGGACAUUAAAGAUCUACACGUGGAAAGAAUCUAUUUUGAUGCCAUAUUUUGGUCACAUAUGCAGGAAAAAUUAAAGCAGUUCUUUCUAGAAGGUGUGGUACCUGAACUGUUUUCACGUCGAGUGCAAAGAGGCAAGUCUCUUUACUGAAAAAAGAGUGGGAGGACCAAUACAAAUUUAUUUAGCAGCAAUGUAAAGGUUGUCUGUAUCAGAAAGUUAAUUUUAACUUAUUUUUUAAAAUCUUCAAUUGUCAGAAUUAUGCAAGUAAAUGCAACAAUCAGUCCAUUUUUAAUUCUUGUUAAGUUACAAGCUUUUGUUUUUAUUGGUAUUUUCCAGCUUUGAUGUUUAAUUGAAAAUGACAGGUUAAAUGCCUUUAAAAAUAUUUUCUAAGCUAUUGCAUGCUCAGCUGUACCUGAAAACAAAUCAUCAUGAAAUGUAAAAGCGGUGUAUAUAAUAUAUAUAUAAGGCAUUGCCAUAAUAAAAAAUUUUUUUUUAAUGAAGUCUAUAAAACUAUAAUUUAUUUAACAGCUGAUGCACAGAUAUUGAAAAUGUAGAUUUAUGUCUUGUGAUUGAAUGUACCGGUAUAUUGACAAAUGUUUGCUAUGGUGGUGUGGAAUCGAUAAAGUUAGAUGAAAGUCUGAGCGCACAAGACUCUUUUGUUAGAUUCUUGAAUUUGUUAUUAAAUUAGGUAUUCUAAAUGAAAAUUUCAUGAUGUAAAAUUAAACUAUUCCCCUAAACUCACUGAAUGGCUGUUU